AUGAGUAAUGGUAAUGACAACAUUGACGUAGUGACAGUUCCAAAAACUGGGAAAAGUGGAAUUUAUGAAGAUCAUUCUCUCUUUGAAAUUUGUUAUAAAAAGCUAUCAAAUUCUUGGAAUAAUUUCAAAAAUUCAAUGUUCGAAGAAACCAACGGUCAUAAAAUGUUUAAUACCCCAUAUAACUCGGCGAUUUCUGCUAAUGUCAAUGCUUCUGGUGUUUCCCAUGUGGUAGCAGCACCAAAUGGUAUUAAAUCAACAAAGGAUAAAUACAGAGAUACAGAGAGUUUCGAAACUUUUACUAGUGAAUCAUGCUGUUCGAUUGAAACUCCAAUUGCAAGAAGAAGACAAACUAUCAUCACCGCUUGGCAAUUGACCUCAAUGGUAUUGUGUUUAAUUUUUUUCUUAUUCUCAAUUUCAAUCCCUUUGUUUUGGUUUAUUUCAAUCCCUUAUAUGACUUACUUCUUAUUAGAUAAAACUCCUGCUAAUGGUGGUGUAGUCAAAAGAUAUUCUCCGUGGUUAAGAUCUUUUGGUUGGUGGAAAGAAUACUGUGAUUACUUCCCAAUCCGCCUUCAUAAAACAGCAGACUUAAAACCAACCUUCGAUGUAAAACAUCCAAAAGUAGAUUUGUAUUACAGACUAAGACUAUGGCCAACUAACUAUUCUAUCAAAAUUAAAAAAUGGUUGACCUUUUCACAAUCUUAUGAGAAAAUUGGUCCAAAGUAUAUCUUCGGUUACCAUCCCCAUGGUGUCGGUGCUUUAGGUGCCUUUGGUGUUUUCGCUACUGAAGGUUGUGGUUGGUCUGAAAAAUUCCCAGGUAUUCCUACUUCUUUAAUGACUUUGGUGACUCAAUUUCAAGUCCCUUACUAUCGUGAUUAUCUAUUAGGUUUUGGUAUUACUUCGGUAUCCAAAAAGAAUGCUUUGAAAGUAUUAAAAAAUAAUCAUUCGAUCUGUAUUGUUGUAGGUGGUGCAAUGGAAUCACUAUUAAGUGAAGUACAAAAGAGUGAUUUGGUACUAAAGAGAAGAAAAGGUUUUAUUAAGUUGGCUAUUAACACCGGUGACACUUGUUUAGUGCCAACUUUUGCAUUCGGUGAAACAAAUAUCUACAAUAUCUUACAGACUAAAGAAGGUUCAUUCAUGAGAAAAUUACAAUUAUGGUUGAAAGAAAAUUGGGGUUUCACUAUCCCAUUCUUUUAUGCUCGUAGUGUUUUCAAUUACGAUUUCGGUAUCUUACCGUUUAGAGCACCAAUCAACGUCGUUAUAGGCUCACCAAUUUACGUCAAAGAACAAAAUUUAAAUCCAACUCCAGAAAUUGUAGAACAUUACCAAAACUUAUACAUCGAAGAAUUGAAAAAACUAUAUUACGAAAACAGAGAUAAAUAUGGUUAUGGAGAUGUAGAACUAAACAUUGUUGAUUGA